AUGGUGGCCUCCUCUUCUUCUUCUUCUUUCUCCGUCCAAUCGCCGCCGUACAAUCAAGUCUUUGUCAAUUUUCGAGGAGAACAAAUUCGGUACGGUUUCGUUAGCCAUCUGGUGAGGGAUUUGAAAAGGGAGGGAAUCAACGUCUAUAUCGACGAACACGAAACUAGAGGUAACGAUCUCACCGUUCUCUUUGAUAGAAUCGAGGAGUCAAAAAUCGCUCUCGCGAUCUUCUCGAACAUGUAUACGGAAUCAGAUUGGUGUUUAGACGAGCUCGAUAAGAUCAUGGAGUGCGUUGACUUAGGCACACUUGUGGUCAUUCCGAUCUUCUACAAGGUGGAUACGGACCAUGUCAAAAACCAGAACGGAGAGUUCGGUGAAAAGUUUUGGGAAUUGGUUAAGAAUCAUAGUGAAAAGCUCGUUAAGUGGAAAAAAGCUUUAGAGCAUGUCCCAGAGAAGAUGGGCUACGUUUUAAACGAAACGAGCAAUGAAAGUGAUUACAUCAUUAAAAUUGUUGGGGAAGUGACGAAACAGCUAACUCAUGUUGCAGUUUCGUCAGAUCUGGAAAGAGGAAUUCCCAUUGAAAAUCAUGGUCCAGCAGAUGAAGAAACGGUGGCUGUAUCCAUGGCUGCUCUUGACUCGGCUCCUUCUCUGUUUGGCAUAGAAACACAUAUUAAGCACUUUAAAGAGAUGUUAGAUUCUGACUGCGACCGUACUUUUACCAUUGGUGUUGUUGGGAUGCCUGGUAUUGGUAAGACCACCUUGACGGAGAAGCUGUAUGAAAGGUUUGAACUCAAGUUCGCGCACAAAGCUUUUCUUCCAGAUGUCCGUGAAAUGUGUACAAAGGGCACAAUGGAUCGGAGCAUUCUCACGAGAGAGUUGUUGAGGAAGGAAGAUGUGAUCCAACAAGUCCCUUACAUGUCCCCUCAAGUCUUGAAGAAACACCUACACGAUAAGAAAUGUCUUGUUGUUCUUGAUAAUGUGAGUGACAAGAAACAGAUAGAGGUUCUUCUUGGCGAACGCGACUGGAUUAAGAAGGGUAGCUUAAUCAUUAUCACGACAAGUGACAUGUCGGUGAUCGAAGGCAAGGUUGAUGAAACAUAUGAGGUCCGGAGAUUGAGUGGCAGAGACAGCUUGCAGUGCUUCAGCUAUUAUGCCUCUAGUGGUAAUCUGAAGGGAAAUUUCAUGAAUCUUUCUAAAGAGUUUGCGGAUUAUGCCAAAGGAAAUCCAUUCGUUCUCAAGAUAUUGGGUGGGGAGCUUAACGGAAAAACCGAGACUUACUGGAAAGAGACACUUCGCAAGCUUGCAGAAAGUCCCAAUGAGAAGAUACAAGGUGUCUUGCAGAUAAGCUACGAUGAACUAGGUGUGCAUCAAAAAGAUGUGUUUCUCGACGUAGCGUGUUUCUUUAGAUCAGGGGACGAGUAUUACGUGAGGUCUGUAGUGGAGUCUUGUGAAAAUAAGUCCAUUGAUGCUGUGAGUGAAAUAAAGGAUCUUGCCAGUAAAUUCUUGAUAAACAUUUCUGGUGGACGAGUGGAGAUGCACGAUUUGCUGUAUACAUUUGGCCAGGAACUUGGUUCACAAGAGUCGUGUAGGGUAUGGAACCAUAGAGGCUUUGUUGGUGCGCUGAAGAAAACAGCGGGAGCAGACUGUGUGAGAGGUAUUUUUAUCGACAUGUCUGAACUGAAGGAUGAACUUCUUCUGGACAGAUGUACCUUCACUAAGAUGCGUAAUCUUAGGUACCUCAAAUUCUACAAUUCUCGUUGUCAUCGGGAAUGCAAAGCUGACUACAAACUAAACAUCCCUGAUGGACUUGAGUUUCUUGCUUUGGAUGAGAUCCGGUAUCUCCACUGGCUGAAAUUCCCUGAGAAGAACCUUCCAGAAGACUUCAACCCCAAGAAUCUUACCGACCUUAGCCUGCCUUACAGCAAGAUUGAAGAGGUCUGGGUUGGUGUUAAGAAUACACCGAAGUUAAAGUGGGUUGAUCUUAGCUACUCAAGCAUGUUAUGCAAUCUGUCAGGGUUUCUAAAUGCUAAAAGUCUCCAAAGAUUGAGUCUUGAAGGUUGCACGAGUUUGCAGGUGUUGCCCAAGAACAUGAAACGCAUGAAAAGUCUUGUUUUCCUCAACAUGAGAGGAUGCACGAGUCUCCUGGUUUUCCCAAGUAUCAAUCUGAGAUCUUUGAAAACUCUCAUCCUCACCAACUGCUCAAGCCUUCAAGAGUUUCAGGUGACUGCGGAUAAUCUAGAAACGCUACACUUAGAUGGAACAGCAAUUGUUCAACUUCCUACAAACAUGGGGAAGCUCCAGAGACUGAUUGUAUUGAACUUGAAAGACUGCAAAAGGUUGAGGGCAGUUCCAGAAUGCCUGGGGAAGCUGAAAGCUCUGCAAGAACUGGUGCUAUCUGGUUGUUCAAAUCUCGAAUCUUUCCCAAUUACCAUUGAAAACUUGAAAUGUUUGCAGAUUUUAUUGCUUGAUGGGACAAAAAUUACAGACAUGCCGCAGAUAUUGCAGUUCAACAGCUCAAAAGUGGAAGACUUAUCCUCAUUGCGACGUCUAUGCUUAAGCGGGAGCGAUAUGAUUAGCAAUCUGCAAAUCGACAUCAGUCGACUACAUCAACUGAAAAAUCUUGACCUGAAGCACUGCAAGAAUCUUACAUCAAUCCCUUUGCUUCCGCCAAAUUUAGAGAUCUUAGAUGCACAUGGCUGCGAGAAGCUAAAAAAAGUCGCGUCGCCUAUGGCUGUUCUUAAGCAUAUGGAGCAGGUUCAGUCUAAAUUCAUUUUCACCAACUGCAACAACCUGGAAGAAGUUGCAAAGAAUAGCAUCACAUCGUAUGCUCAAAGGAAAAGCCAGCUAGAUGUAGCUAGAUGCUAUAAAGAGGGAAAUGUUUCAGAACCUUUCCUCAUCACUUCCUUUCCAGGAAGCGAAGUACCUUCAUGGUUCAAACAUCGCAGAACCGGAUCCAAGUUAAAGCUGGAGUUCCCGCCGCAUCGGUGUGACAAGAGGCUUUCAACAAUAGUUCUAUGUGCUGUUGUUGCAUUCCCUUGCCCUCAAGUUGAAAUCAACCGUUUCUCAAUAGAAUGCACUUAUGAGUUCAAAAACAAAACUGAGACAUGCAUAAGUUUCAGUUGCAUUCUCGGUGGAGGUUGGAUCGAACCGCGCAAGAUUGAUUCGGAGCAUGUGUUUAUCGGUUACAUCAGUUCGUCACACAUAACAAAACAUCUAGAAGGGUCGCUGUUGCAUUCGCAAGACCAUCGUGAAUGUGUUCCUCCAGAGGCUUCAGUCGAAUUCAAAGUGAGAGAUGGAGCAGGUGAGAUUGUGAACUGUGGUUUAAGUUUGGUGUACGAGGAACCAAACCAUGUCGUUAUUGAAGGUAACUGUAAUGAAACUUCUUCAAGAACAGAUUUGUCGAUGGGAGAGAGUAUAGUGAGCUUUGUUGCUGGGUUUUUGUCCCUUGUUUUAAGAUUUCCAUGGAGUAUUUGGCCAGUCUUUAGGAUUUUUAAUCCGUGCACUAGAGAGUUAGAAUCACUCUCAAAGAUGACGUUUUCAAAGCCAGAUUAUCCAAGCACGACAGUCCAUAAGGGAGUCGUCACUUUCGCUUGCAGGGAAGUUUGA